CGUGCCCCCGUCCCCAUGGCUGUGGUCCGAAGGGAGCUGUCCUGCGAGAGUUACCCCAUCGAGCUUCGCUGCCCGGGAACAGAUGUCAUCAUGAUUGAAAGUGCCAACUACGGGAGGACUGAUGAUAAAAUCUGUGACUCUGAUCCUGCUCAGAUGGAGAAUAUCCGCUGUUAUCUGCCAGAUGCCUAUAAGAUUAUGACUCAAAGAUGCAGUAAUCGGACCCAAUGUGCAGUUGUUGCUGGCCCUGAUGUGUUUCCAGACCCUUGCCCUGGGACAUACAAGUACCUCGAAGUGCAGUACGAAUGUGUCCCUUACAAAGUGGAACAAAAAGUUUUUCUUUGUCCUGGACUGCUGAAAGGAGUAUACCAGAGUGAACAUUUAUUUGAGUCUGACCACCAGUCUGGUGCCUGGUGCAAGGAUCCUCUACAGGCAUCCGACAAGAUCUACUACAUGCCCUGGACACCGUACCGGACAGACACGCUGACAGAGUACUCUUCCAAGGAUGACUUCAUUGCUGGGAGGCCAACCACAACCUACAAGCUCCCCCACCGAGUGGAUGGCACAGGCUUUGUGGUGUAUGAUGGGGCUUUGUUCUUCAACAAGGAACGUACCAGGAACAUUGUCAAGUUUGACUUGAGGACAAGGAUAAAGAGCGGGGAGGCUAUCAUAGCUAAUGCAAACUACCACGACACCUCUCCCUACCGCUGGGGAGGCAAGUCAGACAUAGACCUGGCUGUGGAUGAGAAUGGGCUGUGGGUAAUCUAUGCAACAGAACAAAAUAAUGGCAAAAUAGUCAUUAGCCAGCUAAACCCUUACACGUUAAGGAUUGAAGGGACGUGGGAUACUGCCUAUGACAAGAGGUCAGCUUCUAAUGCCUUCAUGAUCUGUGGGAUUUUAUAUGUGGUGAAAUCUGUGUAUGAAGACGAUGACAAUGAAGCCACGGGGAAUAAAAUAGACUACAUCUAUAACACUGACCAAAGCAAGGAUAGCAUGGUGGAUGUGCCCUUUCCAAACUCCUACCAGUACAUUGCUGCUGUGGAUUAUAAUCCCCGGGACAACCUCCUGUACGUGUGGAACAACUAUCACGUCGUGAAGUAUUCCUUGGAUUUUGGCCCACUGGACAGCAGAGCAGGGCAGGCUCACCACGGGCAGGUUUCCUACAUUGCCCCACCGAUCCACCUCGAUUCGGAUCUGGAGAGACUGCCAUCCAAGGGUGAGCUGGGGUUAGGAAGCACCACUGCUAGCAGCACACCACGGGUGGCCAUCAGCAGCACCAGCCGCACCACCACCACCUCGGCUUCGGGCAGGAGGAACAGGAGCACCAGCACACCAUCACCCAUGGCCGAUGUCCCCGAUGAAAUGACCACACACCUCCCACCUGUCUCCUCCCAGCUGCCGCCGGCUGGUGCGGAGAGCUGCGAGCCCAUGGAAGCCCGCGAUAUUAUGUGGUCUCGGACGCGGCAGGGACAGGUGGCAAAGCAGCCAUGUCCCAUCGGCUCAAUAGGUGUCGCAACUUUCCGGUGUCUUGCGCCAGAUGGGAUCUGGGAGCCCCAAGGACCUGAUCUUAGCAACUGCUCUUCUCCCUGGAUCAACCAUAUCACUCAGAAGAUGAAGUCAGGGGAGAUGGCUGCCAACAUUGCUCGGGAGCUUGCUGAGCACACAAAGAACCACUUGUAUGCUGGAGACAUCGCGUACUCCGUGUCCGCCAUGGUCCAGCUGGUCAACUUGCUUGAUGUGCAGCUCCGAAACUUGACUCCAGGAGGGAAGGACAGCGCUGCACGCAGCUUAAACAAGCUUCAGAAAAGGGAGCGCUCUUGCAGGGCCUAUGUCCAGGCCAUGGUGGAGACAGUGAACAACCUCCUGCAGCCACAGGCUCUGAAUGCGUGGAGGGACCUGAAUGCAAGUGAACAGCAGCGUGCAGCCACCAAGUUACUUGACACCGUGGAGGACAGUGCCUUUGUGCUGGCUGAUAACUUGCUGAAGACAGACAUUGUCCGGGAGAACACUGACAACAUCCAGCUGGAAGUUGCGAGACUAAGCACGGAUGGGAACCUGGAAGACCUGAAGUUUCCCCAGAACAUGGGCCAUGGGAGUGCCAUCCAGCUGUCAGCAAAUACCUUGAAGCAAAAUGGUCGAAAUGGUGAAAUCAGGGUGGCUUUUGUGCUAUACAACAACUUGGGCACCUACCUCUCCACGGAGAAUGCCAGCAUGAAGUUGGGAACAGAAGCAAUGUCCACUAAUCACUCUGUCAUUGUCAACUCCCCUGUCAUCACGGCAGCAAUAAACAAAGAGUUCAGCAAUAAGGUUUACCUGGCUGACCCUGUGGUGUUUACCGUCAAGCACAUCAAGCAGUCAGAAGAAAACUUCAAUCCCAACUGCUCAUUCUGGAGCUACACAAAGCGUACCAUGACAGGAUAUUGGUCCACCCAAGGGUGUCGCCUCCUGACAACUAACAAGACUCACACAACAUGCUCCUGCAAUCACCUGACGAACUUUGCAGUCCUGAUGGCACACGUGGAAGUUAAGCACAGUGAUGCAGUCCAUGACCUGCUUUUGGACUUUAUCACGUGGGUUGGCAUCCUUCUCUCACUGGUCUGCCUCCUGAUCUGCAUCUUCACCUUCUGCUUCUUCCGUGGGCUGCAGAGUGAUCGCAACACCAUUCACAAGAACUUGUGCAUCAGCCUCUUUGUGGCAGAACUCCUCUUCCUCAUUGGCAUUAACCGGACUGACCAGCCGAUUGCCUGUGCCGUCUUUGCUGCCCUCCUGCACUUCUUCUUCCUGGCAGCUUUCACCUGGAUGUUCCUGGAGGGAGUGCAGCUCUACAUCAUGCUGGUGGAGGUUUUUGAGAGCGAACACUCCCGGAGGAAGUAUUUCUAUCUGGUUGGCUAUGGGAUGCCUGCACUGAUUGUGGCGGUGUCAGCAGCGGUGGACUAUCGGAGCUACGGCACUGAUAAAGUAUGUUGGCUCCGACUUGACACCUACUUCAUUUGGAGCUUUAUAGGACCAGCGACCUUGAUAAUUAUGCUUAAUGUCAUCUUCCUUGGGAUUGCGCUCUAUAAAAUGUUUCAUCAUACUGCCAUACUGAAACCCGAAUCUGGAUGCCUUGAUAACAUCAACUAUGAGGAUAACAGACCCUUCAUCAAGUCCUGGGUUAUAGGUGCAAUAGCCCUGCUCUGCCUAUUAGGACUGACCUGGGCAUUCGGACUCAUGUAUAUUAAUGAAAGCACAGUCAUCAUGGCGUACCUCUUCACCAUAUUCAAUUCUCUGCAGGGAAUGUUUAUAUUCAUUUUCCAUUGUGUCCUCCAGAAAAAGGUCCGCAAAGAGUAUGGAAAAUGUCUGCGCACGCAUUGCUGUAGUGGGAAAAGUACAGAGAGCUCCAUUGGCUCAGGAAAAACCUCGGGGUCACGGACACCUGGAAGAUAUUCCACAGGCUCACAGAGCCGGAUUCGUAGGAUGUGGAACGACACAGUUCGAAAGCAGUCCGAGUCUUCCUUUAUUACUGGAGACAUAAACAGUUCAGCUUCACUCAACAGAGGAGCCAUGGCUAAUCAUCUUAUAACCAAUGCUCUGCUUCGUCCUCAUGGCACUAACAACCCUUAUAAUACAUUGCUGGGGGAAUCGGCGGUCUAUAACAACCCUUCUGUCAGCAUGUACAACGCACAAGAGGGGCUUCUGAACAAUGCCAGGGAUACAAGUGUCACGGAUACUCUACCACUGAAUGGUAAUCACGGCAACAGCUACAGCAUCGCCAGUGGCGAGUACCUCAGCAACUGCGUGCAAAUCCUUGACCGCGGCUACAACCACACCGAGAACGCCCUCGAGAAGAAGAUCCUGAAGGAACUCACCUCCAACUACAUCCCUUCCUACCUGAACAACCACGAGCGCUCCAGCGAGCAGAGCCGCAACCUGAUGAACAAACUCGUCAACAGCGUGGGCGGCGGGAGCGAGGAUGACGCCAUCGUGCUGGAUGACGCCACCUCCUUCACCCAUGAGGAAAGCCUGGGCCUGGAGCUCAUACACGAGGAGUCGGAUGCCCCGCUGCUGCCUCCCAGGGUGUAUUCAGCGGACAACCACCAGCCCCACCUCUACGGCCGGCGGCGCAUCCCGCAAGACAACAGCGAGAGCUUUUUCCCCUUGCUGACCAACGAGCACACGGACGACCUCCAGUCGCCCAACAGGGAUUCUCUCUACACCAGUAUGCCCGCACUGGCCGGCAUGCCCCUGACGGAAAGCGUCACCGCCAGCACCCAGACCGAUCCCCCACCAGCCAAAAGCAGUGGUGGUGACGCCGACGAUGUUUACUACAAAAGCAUGCCCAACCUUGGCUCCAGGAACCACAUCCAUCAGCUACACACUUACUACCAGCUAGGCCGAGGCAGCAGCGACGGGUUUAUAGUCCCACCAAACAAAGAGGGAACCCCCCCGGACGGCAAUGCAAAAGGACCUGCUCACUUGGUCACUAGUCUAUAG